UGUGGCCAAUCUAAUUCUAAAUCCUGUUGACAUUUUUUAUCCCAGUCCGCCCCUGGGUAUAAAUACUAUAAAUAUACAUUUAAAAUAUGAGAGAUUAAACUGAUUAAGGUAUAUAGCAAUAAAAGUCAUUGUCAUUUGACUUUAUCUUAAAACUGGUGUUGGUAUCUUAGUAUCUAAAAUAUUGUAUUAUGUGAACAAUAUAUAUUAUGUGAUUGUCUCUAUAAUCCAAUAUUAUUAUAGGUUGACUGAAACAUAUUGUUGGGAAAUUGGUAAAAUUUUAUCUUUUAUGCACUAUUUAGUCUCCGUUAUGCUCAGUCUGUGUACAGUGUAAAUGUUGUGAAAUAAAAGUGUAAGGUGUUAAAACUUGUGAACAAAUUUUAAAUUUGUGAACAUUUCUUUAUAAGUUUAUUUACAAACUUUUUUUGAAUUUUCAUAAUGGAAAUUGUUAAAACAAACAAAGGAGGUAGCAAAAUUUGUUUUAAUGGUCAUAUGUACGUCAUUAAGCAUUUAGGGAAAAAUAAAAUAACAUGGCGUAGUACAUGGUGAUGUAUGAAAGCAAGUUCUUUCAAGUGUACAGGGACAAUGUACACUGAAUUGCAACAUGAUAAUCCUAUAGAAAAAAACCACAUAAUCAUCUACCCGAAAAAAAAGAAAUAAAAGUUACUGAAUGUAUACAAAAAAUGAAGGAUCAAAUAACUUCUUCUAGUAUAAUGAAUCCUGUAGAAGUAUUUACGAAAAAUGCAUCGCAAAUAGAAACAGCAACUAAAGCUAGAAUGCCCACUGAAGACACCGUAAAAUGUAUGCUAAGAAGAAAACUUGAUAGUCUAGCAUUUUUACCAGAAAAAAAAGUUUUAGAGGGAAUGGAUUUUUUAAGAACAAUUAUGCCACCGGAGGCAACAGGUUUAGUCAAUUAUUUUGAUACCACAUAUGUCCACGGGUCUUACAGAAGUGUUCAGCAUAAUCCGAAUAAUGGUAUCAGACUUCGAAAUAUUGCACCAUUCUAUCCACCAUCAAUAUGGAAUGUCUAUCAAACUAUCCUUGAUAAUGGACAUCGAACUAACAACGAAACAGAAGGGUGGAACCAUUGUUUUCCAAAAUUAGCAGGCCACAAUCAUUCUUCUAUUUGGACAUUAAUAAAGAAAAUGAGGUUAGAGUUGUCUUCUGAUGAAACAAAAUUAGCCCAAUUCGCAAUAGGCAAUUUAAAUAAAUAAAUAAAAAAAAAAAUGUAUGAAAAAUACAAGAAAAAUUGUAUAAAAUAUGUAGUUAUGGCUUAACUCAACGGACAAUAGACGAAUA